AAACAUCGACGGAUCUUACUGUUUCGGGCUACUGCCAUAAGCAAUCUUCGCCGCUGGGGCCACUAAUGGGUAUACUCACGAUGCUGCCGUAAACCGUCCUUCUCUUCUCCCUCUUCACUACUACUCCCUAGCGUUAUCCGACCCACCAUCAAUAUGUCACAAAAUGGCGCUCAACAGGCUCUUGUACCAAUGACAAGAGAAGAUUGUGAUGUCCACGGCUUACUGCACCGGGACAUGAGGGCCGAGAGGCGUAAGAUGCAGAACCGUAUCAAUCAACGGGCUUACAGGAUGCGACAGAACCACAAAAGUGACGGACCGACUCGGCCUAAGCGCUGGAAGGUCAUCGGUUCUCUGAGGGGUGACGAUUCAGAGCAUGCCAAGAAUGAAAGCGUUCGUAAUCACGACGCUCCCUCGUUCCACCUUUCAAAUAAUUUCUCUCACCCCAGAGACUAUGAAGGGGAAAUUCUUUGCCGCCUAGCGCCUCAUCGUAAGAGAAAACGCGCCUACCAAUUUGAAUUGACUGCGUACCGUGAUUAUAUGGAAGGCAACCCUCGAGUGGACCAUCUACUCACGCUGGUCAAAUUCAAUGUAUACCGUGCACUGGCUGAGAACAUGAACGUGCUCGGCAUGGAUAUCAAAGGAUGGAUGCAUGCAGAUGCAGUAUCUCCUUUUUGCACAUUUCAGCCAAAGCAAUUCGACCGAGUCAUUCCAAUCCAUCUGCAGCCAACCGCCAUACAGCGCACUGUGUCACAUCACCCUUGGUUGGACUUUUUCCCUCAUCCUAGGAUGCGUGAUCGAUUGAUUUUUGCUGGCAAUAUUUAUGAUGAUGAACAACUUUGCAUUGACAUCAUGGGCUUCUGGAAUGCCGACGUGGAUGACCCAGCGCUGAUAGUUUGGGGUCAGCCGUGGGAUAUAGCGAAUUGGGAGAUGUCGGAUGCAUUCGUCAAAAAGUGGGGAUGGACCGUCCAAGACUGCCCUGAAUUGUUUAAAUCCACUAAUACGUGGCGUGCCCUGCGCGGUGAAAAGCGGCUUCUCCUCAAAUAACCUGCCCUUGUACCUGGUUUAGUCUAUAGAAUCUUGUUCCGAAAUCCUUACCUCCCCUUUACAGAACACAGUAUAUCGGCAGCGCAGACACCGCCAUGGGUGAUGCGAAUUUCCACGUCUGAUUCUCCCCAUGUCUUUGGCUCAAAGCUUCGCAAGACCAUUUGGUCCUGAGCCAAAUCUUUGUCAAUCCCCAUCCAUCCUUCACACUUCACGAUAGUGUCAGAUAUCACGGACGAUGAGACAAAGUGGUUAGUUGAUGCAAUGGUGGAAAGACAAACCACCGCCUUAAGUAGAUUGAACGUAUUGUGUGUAGUGGAG